UCACACUCACACAAACCGCGUUUGAGUUUCCCACCUCCCAUGACUUUUCGCUGGGUCCCCAUCCCUUCUUUCUCAAUUUCUGCAUCCCCGCACCAUGCCCAUUCAAUCUCUUUCUGCGUGUUGAGUUGAGUUCAGGGCGGUAGAGGGGCACAAAGAUCCAGACCCAGAUCAGCAAUCAAGCUCGACCCACUGCAACAAUGGCGGAAAACGGUGAGGAGAAGCUCAUAGCUGUGGCCCGCCACAUAGCCAAGACUCUUGGCCACACAGACACCAUGACUGACGAUAUUCUCAAGAUUUUCUCCAACUUCGACGGGAGACUGCGCGAAAAGCUCACCGAAAAGCUCUCUGAGGAUGGGGUGGAACAAACCCUCAACGCCCUUGACCGCCAGAUCUCUCGCUACAUCUCCGCUGACAACCCCAUUUGGUCAAACUCAGCCGAUGCCGCCGCGUUUCUCGGUUCUGUUGACCAAUUGAUCGCGGCGGUUCGCGAUUGGACCCCGCUAGCCGACGACAAGAGCAUCUCCUCUUGCCUCGACCGCGCCGAGGAUUUGCUCCAGCAAUCCAUGUUCCGUUUGGAGGAUGAAUUCAGGACCCUCGUCGAACGCGGCGCCGAGUCUUUCGACCUGACUCUAUCGGAGUCAACGCAUCCUCAUCCCGACUAUUCUGACUACGACGACGACGACGACAACGUUUUCGCCGACGAGGAUGAGAAUUUCAUCCCUGUGGCCCAGCAGAUAACAGAUUACGACAUCGUAAUCGACGCGCUGCCGGCCGGGACCAUCGGAGAUUUGCACGCCAUUGCGAAGCGGAUGGUUGCGGCUGGGUAUGUGAAAGAGUGCUCCCACGCGUACAGCGCGUGCCGGAGGGAGUUCUUGGACGAGAGCUUCUCGAGGUUGGGCCUGCAGAAACUCAGCAUUGAUGAUGUACAUAGAAUGCAGUGGACUCAGCUGGAGGAUGAAAUUGAGAAAUGGAUCAAAGCGAUUAAUGUUGCUCUUAGGAUUCUUUUCCCGAGCGAGCGAAGAUUAUGUGAUCGAAUUUUCUUGGGUUUCUCCUCGGCUGCCGAUCUUUCUUUCAUGGAGGUUUGCAGGGGUUCCACAAUUCAGCUCUUGAACUUUGCAGAUGCUGUAGCGAUAGGGAGUCGGGCACCUGAGCGGCUGUUCAAGGUGCUCGAUGUUUAUGAAACGCUACGGGACCUGAUGCCUGAAUUUGAGUUAAAUUUCUCGGAUCAGUACUGUUUAUCGUUGAGGAAUGAAGCUUUAACUAUUUGGAAAAGACUAGGGGAGGCUAUUAGGGGGAUAUUUAUGGAGUUGGAGAAUUUGAUCCGUCGGGACCCAGUUAAGGCUGCUGUUCCGGGAGGCGGGUUGCAUCCCAUCACUCGAUAUGUGAUGAAUUAUCUCCGUGCUGCGUGCCGGUCAAGGCGAACCUUGGAACAAGUGUUUGAAGAGAGCAUUGAUUAUAGAAAAGGAGAUGAUCAGGUUUUGUCCUCAUCAUCCUCAUUGGCAGUCCAAAUGGAGUGGAUUAUGGAGCUGUUGGAGAGGAAUUUGGAGGCUAAGUCUAAGAUUUAUAGGGACUCGGCCUUAUGCUCUGUGUUUAUGAUGAAUAACGGGAGGUAUAUAGUGCAAAAGGUGAAUGAUAAUGAGUUGGGAACACUCUUAGGUGAGGACUGGAUCAGAAAACACACGGCAAAACUGAGGCAGUAUCAUGUGAAUUAUCAAAGAAGUUCUUGGAGUAAGGUUUUGGGAGUUUUGAAGGUUGAUAAUAGUUCUACUUCACCUAGUGGAGCAUCCAAGAGUUUGAGAGAAAAGCUGAAGUUAUUCAAUUCAUACUUUGAGGAGAUUUGCAGGACUCAGUCUUCAUGGGUGAUCUUUGAUGCUCAGUUGAGAGAUGAGUUGAGGAGUUCGGUUUCAGGGUCUUUGUCCCUGGCGUAUCGCAACUUUGUCGCGAUACUGCAGGCUGUUCCAGAUUUUGGGAAGAAUGCAGAUAGGUAUAUCAGGUAUAGCGUGGAUGAAGUUGAGGCUAGGAUCGGCGAGUUGUUUCAAGGGACCAGCGGUGGGAAAAGGUGAGACCAAUGCGAGUAAGCAAGUUAUAUAGUGUGUUGUAUCAUAUACAUGAAUGUAGCAUUUGAAAGAUUGUUGCUUGUGUGUAUUGUGGCUUUUACUCUGCUGUUAGAACACUCUUAGAUGACUUGUAUGUUAGAAUUAGUAAUGGCAAUUUGAUGAGAUACAUAAUUCUGUAGUCCAACAUGCGCCGGUUUUUUAAUUGCUCCCAAUGUGAGAGCAUAUGUUUGUGACUGUCUCGGUACCUGAGAAUGUACAAAUGAUAUCCUAAAUGUUAAAUUCUGAUAACUUGAAUUG